AUGAUCUUUAGUGAUAAAGAGCAUUUCAUGUCUGUCUUCAGAGAUUACUGCAUUCAAUGUGGAUUUGCAGUAGUGGUUGAUAGGAGCUGUCCAAGUAGGUUCACUGCUUCCUGUCUUGCUUUAAACUGUAGUUGGAGAAUUCAUUCAAUUAGGCUACCUGAUGGAGUGACAUGGGCUAUAAAGACUAUAAAGAACCCUAAGCACACUUGUGGAGGCUUAGAUGAAAGGAAUCCCUUGGUGACUGUUAAAUGGGCUGCUGAAAAACUACUUGAAGAUAUAAGGGCAAAUAAUGACAUCUCUGGAAAGACAUUGAAUGAUCUGUUAUUCAGUAGAUAUGGAGUGCAUAUGGCUACCAGCACCCUUUACAAGAUGAGAGGGGUAGCAUUGAAGGAGAUAAAUGGUGGGCAUGAUAAUUCUUAUGGGUAUUUGCCAAAGUACUGUGAGAUGAUUAAGGAAACCAACCCAGGAUCUGCAGCAAACUGUGCAUGGAAGCAACUGAAUCCACCUGAUCCAUCCUUCACAUUCUCAAGCAUAUUCAUUUCUUUCAAGGUUGCCAUUGAUGGUGUUGUUGCAGGAUGUAGGAGUUUAGUGGGGGUUGAUGGAGCUCACUUGAAAGGUCAUUUUGGUGGGAUCCUUCUGUCUGCUGUGGCUGUAGAUGGAAAUAGGGGUAGGCUCUGCUUUGAUUUUUCUGGGCUGGCAGAACAACGGAUCUGUGAAGAAAACCACCUAAGUGAAACAGCAGCAGCGGUGAAGCCGUUUAGUUGGAGUGUCGUUCGUGGUUGCUCUUUCAUUGAUUUGCCUGAAGUGGAUAGGAGAUACUGCUGUAAACACUUAGCUAAGAACUGGAAAGCAUCAUUUCCUGGGCCUUUGAUGCAUUCCCUAUUCUGGUUGGCUUGUAGUGCAACAUCCCCUUUCACCUUCAAAAAGGCUGUGGACAGGAUUCAGGCUGUGAAUCCAAUGGCUUGUGAAUGGUUGGCUAAAUUGGGAGAUCAGUCAAGAUGGACAAGACACAAAUUUUAUCCAAACAUUUGCAGUGACGAGAACAAGACCAACUUUGUAGAGAGCUUCAAUUCAACUUUGGGUGUAGACAGAUGA